CGGGAAUGGAAAAACGAAGGCAGCAAAAGAUACAUGUGUACCGGCCGGCCGGGCUGGUUGACGGUGUCACUCCGUGUUGGAAAGUACAAGAAGAUUCACAAGAACAUCAUGAUCAACUUAAUGGAUGUUCUGGAAGUAGAUAGUGAAAGACAGAUUGUUCGUGUGGAACCUUUGGUGACCAUGGGCCAGUUGACUGCACACCUGAAUCCCAUGGGCUGGACUAUUCCUGUGGUACCAGAGCUUGAUGAUCUUACAGUAGGUGGCCUGAUCAUGGGAACUGGCAUUGAGUCUUCAUCCCAUAUCUACGGACUUUUUCAACACACCUGCGUGGCCUAUGAACUUGUUCUUGCUGAUGGAAGCCUUGUGAGAUGUUCACCAACUGAAAAUUCAGACCUAUUUUAUGCAGUGCCUUGGUCUUGUGGUACUCUGGGUUUCCUGGUUGCAGCAGAAAUAAAAAUGAUUCCUGCCAAGAAAUAUGUCAAAAUACAUUAUCAGCCUGUGAGAGGACUGCAGAAGAUUUGUGAAAAGUUUACUGAAGAAUCGAUGAAAAAGGAGAAUAGUUUUGUGGAAGGACUUGUGUACUCUUUGGAAGAAGCAGUCAUCAUGACUGGAGUCUUGACUGAUGAAGCUGAGCAAAGCAAGAUAAACAGAAUUGGCAACUACUACAAGCCGUGGUUCUUUAAGCAUGUGGAGAAGUAUUUGAAAGCUGACAGGACUGGAAUAGAAUACAUUCCGUCAAGACAUUAUUACCAUAGACAUACACGUAGUAUCUUCUGGGAGCUCCAGGAUAUAAUUCCUUUUGGCAAUAACCCUGUUUUCCGUUACCUGUUUGGCUGGAUGGUUCCUCCAAAAAUCUCUUUGUUAAAACUCACCCAAGGAGAAGCUAUUCGAAAGCUGUACGAGCAACACCACGUUGUACAGGACAUGUUGGUCCCAAUGAAGAGCCUUGAAAAAUCUAUCCAAACCUUCCAUGCUGACCUUAAUGUGUACCCUCUUUGGUUAUGUCCUUUCAUAUUGCCCAAUAAUCCUGGUAUGGUCCACCCAAAAGGGGAUGAAGCAGAACUCUACGUGGAUAUCGGAGCUUAUGGAGAGCCCAAAAGAAAACAAUUUGAAGCCAGAGCUUCAAUGAGACAAAUGGAAAAGUUUGUAAGAAGUGUGCAUGGUUUCCAGAUGCUGUAUGCAGAUUGCUAUAUGACCCGUGAGGAGUUCUGGGAUAUGUUUGAUGGUUCAUUAUACCACAAGCUGAGGGAGCAAAUGAAUUGCAAGGAUGCUUUUCCAGAAGUGUAUGACAAAAUCUGCAAAGCUGCGAGGCACUGAGCCUGAAAGAUCUGUGUAAUCAAGUGAUCAGGGAAAGAUGAAGUUACCUAUAGCUAGUCAGUAUAUCCUUUAAAAAAAAAAAAGCUUUAUUGCUCUCCAAAUAAGCUAAUUCUUGUUGAUGUUUAAAGACAUGAAUUCCUGCUUUAUAAAUUUAUGUUUAGUAUUUCUUCAUAUGUUCUAAACCAAAUUUUCCGAACUCAAAGUGAUUGUUUUUAAGAAAUCUUAAGUGCUAGCCUUUGUAGCUCAUGUAGUGACACAGGUGAACUCAUCUAUUUCCAAGCGUAA